UAGGGGUUAAAGUGCUAUUUACCCUAAAAUAAAUAAAUUACUUGUGAAGAACUCAAUUAUAACAUCUCACUUCAACGGCCCAUGAUUACCCUAAUCCAACAUUGGCCCAAAUCGGAACAAAAAUUCAAAGCCCAAAACACUUUCUCACUGCUGCUAACCGAGAUUCAAACUCUCGAUUUUAUACACACUAUUUCGAUUUUAGUGAUUUCAGGGAUUUAGAGAUGGAGCAUCAAGGUAAAAAUGGUGAUGAUCGCGAGCUGGACGAUGAAGAAUUCCCCGAUGAUUUCCAGUGUUGUGUGUGUCUGGAGAUCAUGUACAAACCUGUGGUGUUAGCUUGUGGCCAUGUUUCGUGCUUUGGGUGUGUAUUUCAUGCCAUGGAUGAUUACCAAGAGUCUCACUGUCCUGUCUGUCGACACCCGUAUAAUCAUUUUCCCGGAGUCUGUGAAUUGUUGCACUUAUUGCUUCUGAAAUCGUAUCCAUUAGCCUACAAAAGAAGGCAGAGACAAGUCGCAGAAGAAGAAGAGAAAUAUGGAUAUAUAUCUCCACAGUUUGACAGCGACUUAGUUAAUUCUCAAGUUAGCGAAGUACUUGACGAUCAAGACACAUGUGGUGGGGACCACUCGCUCGUUCAAGAUUCUUCCAAAAGACCUUCUCCUUGUGAAGAUAAGCCAUCAGCUAUUAACAACGAAGCCAACUUACACUGUACUGUUUGCAAGCAACUAAUAUGCCGUCCUGUAGUUCUAAACUGUGGACAUGUUUAUUGUGAAACUUGUAUUUGUCCUCCACGGAGCAGUAUUUGUGAAUGUCCAACGUGUGGAAGUGCACAUCCAAACGGGGUCCCUAAUGUGUGCUUAGUUCUUGACCACUUUCUGGAGAACCGUUUUCCCGAAGAAUAUUCUGCAAGGAAACUAUCGUUACCUAAAGUUUCUAGAGCUAGUCCUUCUGGAAGUACACCAGAAAAACAGGAGCAUGCGGCUAAAUGUUCAUCUGUACCGAGAAAUGCUUACUCACCCUGGUUUUCCGAAAAUUACCCUAACUUUCAUCCAACGGUUGGUUGUGAUUACUGUGGGAUGUCUCCGAUCAUUGGAAUGCGGUACAGAUGCAAAGAUUGUGUCGAAGAAAUAGGAUUCGACCUUUGCGAGAGAUGCUACAGCACUCCCUCGAAGCUUCCAGGUCGAUUUAACCAGCGGCACACUCAAGAACACCAGUUUGAAAAAAUACAACCACCUGGUUUUGGAUUUAGCCUCGGAGACGAAGAAGAUUCCGGAGAUUAUUCCAUGAAUGAUGCUGACGUGGACAGCACCGAACUAAUAGGUCCCAGACUUCCCAGCCUGUCCGACGAUGCUUCAGAUAGGACGAACUUGAGAUUAUCGAGUUCUGAUGAUGAUGUCUGAAAGCUUCCGUGGAUAUAUACUUUUUUUUUUUUAAUUUAUUUAAUUAGCCAUUUAUACAAAAAAUACAGUAAUAAUGACUUCACUUAUAUAACAUAUGAUUUAUCAUUUA